GCCGGUUAUGGCGGCGGAGUGUGUUUGUCCAUGAGGCGGACGCCUGCAGAUCUUCUGCUGUUUGACAGAGUGGUGCGAGGAAAACAACUAUGGCGGGAGUGUUUGACAUUGAUUUGGACCAGCCGGAGGAAAAUGUUUCCGAUGAUGAGAUCGAAGAGUCUCAAAUCAAUGACUUCAUGGAUCAGUGCAGUGGAUUUGAGUUUAACAUGGAAGGCUGUGAGAAGAUUGAAAUAUCUGAGGACAACGUCAACCAGGGCACGGAGAACAUCAGACCUGAGUGCUUUGAACUCUUGCGGGUUUUGGGGAAAGGCGGAUAUGGAAAGGUUUUUCAAGUCAGAAAAGUUGUUGGAGCAGCAUCAGGAAAAAUAUUUGCUAUGAAGGUUUUAAAAAAGGCUAUGAUUGUCCGUAAUGCCAAGGACACCGCCCACACGAAGGCAGAGAGAAACAUCCUGGAGGAGGUGAAGCAUCCCUUUAUAGUCGACCUCAUUUAUGCUUUCCAGACUGGAGGAAAGCUCUAUCUCAUCCUGGAAUACUUAAGUGGUGGAGAGCUUUUCAUGCAGCUGGAGAGGGAGGGCAUCUUUAUGGAAGACACAGCCUGUUUUUAUCUGGCUGAAAUUUCCAUGGCGCUGGGACAUUUGCACCAGAAAGGCAUAAUUUAUAGAGACCUAAAGCCAGAGAAUAUUAUGCUCAACAACCAAGGCCAUGUAAAGUUGACAGACUUUGGCCUCUGUAAGGAGUCUAUUCACGAUGGCACUGUGACACAUACAUUUUGUGGGACUAUUGAAUACAUGGCACCAGAAAUCCUAAUGAGAAGCGGACACAACAGAGCGGUCGACUGGUGGAGUCUGGGUGCUCUGAUGUAUGACAUGCUUACAGGAGCGCCCCCAUUUACUGGUGAAAACCGAAAGAAGACCAUUGACAAGAUCUUAAAGUGCAAGCUUAACCUCCCACCCUACCUCACACAAGAAGCUCGGGAUCUCCUUAAACGGUUGCUCAAAAGAAAUGCUUCAUCGCGGUUGGGUGCUGGGCCAGGAGAUGCCACUGAAGUGCAGGCCCAUCCUUUCUUUCGACACAUUAACUGGGAGGAUUUACUUGCUCGGAAAGUAGAGCCUCCUUUCAAGCCCAUCUUGCAAUCAGCAGAUGACGUGAGUCAGUUUGACUCUAAAUUCACCAGUCAGACACCAGUAGACAGCCCUGAUGACUCCACACUCAGUGAAAGUGCCAAUCAAGCUUUUCUGGGGUUUACUUAUGUCGCACCAUCAGUGUUAGAAAACAUCAAAGAAAAGUUUUCAUUUGAACCAAAAAUCCGGUCGCCGCGGAGGAUUAUGGGUAGUCCCAGGACACCCCUCAGCCCGGUGAAGUUCUCUGGCCCAGAAUGCUGGACUCGCAGCCCCCUCCUCACAGGGUUAGGCUCCAGUGUGCCACAGCCCCCUCAGGACCAGGCCAUGGAGGUGUCCACUCCGGAGCAGAUGGACGUGAGCAGCAGCUCGGAGGCCUCUGCCCCUCUGCCCAUCCGUCAGCCUGCAGGACUUAACCUGGCCCAGAUGAAGCAGCAGACCUACCCGGUGGUAGCCAAACGACCUGAGCAUCUACGUAUGAACCUAUGACCCACCUGCUUCAUUAGGAGAGAUUCUCACUUCAUGACUUUCUUCCUUUGAUUUUUUUUUAACAAAGCAAAAACGGGGGAUGCUAUAGACAAUGAAUAAUCAAAAUUGCACAUCCUUACACUACAUUUACUGACAGCCUGGAGUUUGUGUUAAACUCUGUUGCAGUUAAGAGCUACAUCUUUAUAUCUUUGGUAUCAUUGUGCUAAGGUCACAUGACCUCAGUCUUCUGAACCCCCCAAAUAUCAGGAAAACUGAGAAAUGGAGGGGAAAUCCCAGACAAUAUCUGAAGUGCUUUGUGCUAUCUGAAUGAAUGCCAGUAAUUUCUUCCAGUGGGGUUGUUCAUACACGAAUGCUUCCUGGCUCUUGUGUGAGGUUAAGUGGAUGUAAUGUGAAAAUAAUGACACAUAGUGGUCAAUUUGCAGUUAAGAAGUUGAGGGCUAUAGUUUUGUUUGAAGACAUGUUGCAAACUUGGGGCAUCAACUAUGCUAGCCAUCAACAAAUAAAUCAUCAAGAGCCUAAUGCCCACAAGUGCUGGUAAUGUGGAUGCCUAGUGAAACCGUGGCUUGGUCAUCAGAUCAUUCUACAAAGGAGAGGUUCCCUAGAGAACAGUUGAUACAUCAGCAGACAUCAGUCAGCUUCAGUCAGCCUGAGGCAGCUCUGCGCUCAUUCAGACCCAGGCCAAUGUGGUUGAGACGUGGAUAGUCCAACGCACAGGCCUGCAGUGGAUCUGACACAGCCUGUGUCACAACCUAGAUGUGGGGCUUUGAUACUUAAGGCUGGAGCAGAAUUUUCCAGCCACUUGCAUCAGCAUUAACUUGUUUAGGAGGGACAUUUUAGAGUUCCUGAAAAGCAAGUACAAAAUAAAUUUCUUUAAAUACU